GUCAGUGUAAAAUUGCUGCUUGAGUUGUGAGUUUCGUUUAAGUUUGCGAGAAAGGGGAAAAUCGUAUAACUAUGUUCAAGAAGCCCAUUCCGAAGCAGCCCGAGGUGCAGCCAAGAGCGGGGAAUGUGGGCGUCUACACCAACAAGAUACACUAUUUGCGGAAGUAUCUACUGGAUGAGUUGGCCACAAAGAAGUUCAGCGCUGACUUUAUGGAGCCCGUGGACCCGGAGGCGCUGCGAGUGCCCGAGUACUAUGACGUCAUCAGAAGCCCAAUGGACGUGGGCACGAUCAUUAAGCGAGUCCAGAACUAUUACUAUCACACAGCCAGUGAGGUGAUCCACGACGUCAAUUUGAUGAUUGACAACUGUUUUCGGUUCAAUAAUCCGGGCGAUGAUGUCUACCGCAACUGUCAGAAACUGGAGAUUUUCUUCUGUCGGGUGCUCGAUAAAAUGCCAGCGGGCGAGGAGAAGCCCAGCACCAAGCAUCCCCUGAUGUCGGGCAGACAACAUCUCAACGAGAUCCCCAUUGCAACCGUGCAGCGCCAGUGCCGCGAGCAGUUGAACAACUUGUACGCGUCCCUGGCAAAGUCCAAUGACAAGAGCUUGUCCCAGUACUUCUACUCUAAGUGCGCGACCCUGUCCCAGAAAGUGGACGGCCAGCUCUACAGAAGCGUCGAGGAGUUUCGCAACGAAGUCGCGAGCAUCUUCAAGGAGUUCACCAAUAUUGUUGAGAAGUUCCGCAACAAAUAUGCGGCCAAUUGGAAUGAGUCCGUCGAACAGACUGAAUCGGACACUAAGCUGAGCAAGGAGGAUAUAAACGAUGUGCUCUACAAGCUGAAAAUGGCUGAGAGCAGCGUCGAGCAUUGCCAGAAGGAGUAUUCCAGCGAGGCAGAAAAGCGAGCCAAUAACCUGAUCGAUGCAUUCGAUGAUGCAGCCAACAAGCUAAAGCAGAAGCUGUCGCAGGGACUCGAUGACGAUCGAAUGCGAGAAAAGUAUACCAAAAAGCAGAUGGAGAACGAUGUGCACGAUGAGGAUUCGUUGGACGCACAACAAGGCAACUCACCAAAUCUAAAUUCAAAUAAGUCAAAUGACUCGUCGGACGAAGAAAUUGACCAACAGCAAUCCACAAGACUCGGCAUAAACAAGAAUGUGGAUGGGUUCAAUACUUUGCCAGAAGUAUACUCGCCACCAGAGAUGGACUACAGCGAUUCUCCAAGACCAACCAACCAAGACACAAACGAGCAAAAUAAGUCGAAAGCAUUGCCUGUUUUCUACUGGCGCCAAGAAAUGAUUUCUCCACCACCGGAGCAGAAGGCCCUAAAAAAAGAAGAAGACAAUAACAUAGAUCAGUCGAAAAUGGAUAAGGCCAGUACACUGUCCCCAAAGGCGGCUUUUAGCAUUUCUCCAAAACUGCCAAAGGCACAAACCCAGCCAGCAGACGCAGCUGCUGCUGAGCCAUCAUUACUCUGGCAUGAUCUGGAUUUUAGCAGCAGUGAUGAAUCAUCUUAAGGUGUUUUGUUUGUUAAACAGUUCAUCAAUGUUUACUUUAGAGAGCAGAAUCAUCUCAAAUCAAACUCUGUCAUCACCAAAUUGUUCUAUUUAAAUAACUUGCGCAGAUAGAUUGCCACAAAACAAUUACAAACGACCUGAAAUCAUAUCAAACAAUAAUAAUUGUGAUUAUAAGCCCAGCAAAAUCAGAAGACUGCUUUCUAAGCACUACCAAAAAAUGAAGCUAAUUUGGAUCCCGAGAAACACUUCUGAUACCACACAAUCUCUACGACUAUUUUGAACAAAUCAUAUCAAUAAGAAUGACUUUGACCAUUUUUAGGGAAAGACUUUCUGAAAGACCAAAUUGAGUUUACUUCAAUUUAUUACCGUUCAGUAUUCUUAGAACAUCCCCUGCUCUCAUCCCAUUUAUAAUAAUGUU